GCGGAGGAGAGGGAGGCGGGAGCGGGGCCGCGGGAGCAGGAGAGGCGCCGGGGGCGCGCGCGCGCGCUGGGCGCUGCUGGGCUGCGGCGGCGGCGGUGGUUACUAUGGCGGAGUCGGCCGGAGCCUCCUCCUUCUUCCCCCUUGUUGUCCUCUUGCUCGCCGGCAGCGGCGGGUCCGGGCCCCGGGCAAUCCAGGCUCUGCGGUGUGCGUGCACCAGCUGCCUACAGGCCAACUACACAUGUGAAACAGAUGGGGCCUGCAUGGUUUCCAUUUUCAACCUGGAUGGGAUGGAGCACCACGUGCGCACAUGCAUCCCUAAAGUGGAGCUGGUCCCUGCCGGGAAGCCCUUCUACUGCCUGAGCUCCGAGGAUCUGCGCAACACCCACUGCUGCUAUACUGACUUCUGCAACAAGAUCGACCUGAGGGUGCCCAGUGGUCACCUCAAGGAGCCUGAGCACCCUUCCAUGUGGGGCCCUGUGGAGCUGGUAGGCAUUAUUGCUGGCCCAGUGUUCCUCCUGUUUCUCAUAAUCAUCGUUUUCCUUGUCAUUAACUAUCAUCAGCGUGUCUAUCACAACCGCCAGAGACUGGACAUGGAAGAUCCCUCGUGUGAGAUGUGUCUCUCCAAAGACAAGACGCUCCAGGAUCUGGUGUACGAUCUCUCUACAUCAGGGUCUGGCUCAGGGUUGCCCCUUUUUGUCCAGCGCACAGUGGCCCGAACCAUCGUUUUACAGGAGAUCAUUGGCAAGGGCCGGUUUGGGGAGGUGUGGCGUGGCCGCUGGAGGGGUGGUGAUGUAGCUGUGAAAAUUUUCUCCUCCCGUGAAGAACGGUCCUGGUUCCGGGAAGCAGAGAUCUACCAGACUGUCAUGUUGCGGCACGAAAACAUCCUUGGGUUUAUUGCUGCUGACAAUAAAGAUAAUGGCACCUGGACGCAGCUGUGGCUUGUCUCAGACUACCAUGAGCACGGCUCCCUGUUUGAUUAUCUUAACCGGUACACAGUGACAAUCGAGGGGAUGAUUAAGCUGGCCUUGUCUGCUGCUAGUGGGCUAGCACACCUGCACAUGGAGAUCGUGGGUACCCAAGGGAAGCCUGGAAUUGCUCAUCGAGACUUAAAGUCAAAGAACAUCCUAGUGAAGAAAAAUGGCAUGUGUGCCAUUGCAGACCUGGGCCUGGCUGUCCGUCAUGAUGCCGUCACUGACACCAUUGACAUUGCCCCAAAUCAGAGGGUGGGGACCAAACGCUACAUGGCCCCUGAAGUACUUGAUGAAAGCAUAAACAUGAAGCACUUUGACUCCUUUAAAUGUGCUGAUAUCUACGCCCUGGGGCUUGUAUAUUGGGAGAUUGCCCGGAGGUGCAAUUCUGGAGGAGUCCAUGAAGAGUAUCAGCUGCCAUAUUAUGACUUAGUGCCGUCUGACCCUUCCAUUGAGGAAAUGCGAAAGGUCGUGUGUGACCAGAAGCUGCGUCCCAACAUCCCCAACUGGUGGCAGAGUUAUGAGGCCUUACGGGUGAUGGGGAAGAUGAUGCGAGAGUGUUGGUAUGCCAACGGCGCGGCCCGCUUGACCGCUCUGCGCAUUAAGAAGACCCUCUCACAGCUCAGCGUGCAGGAAGAUGUGAAGAUCUAACCUUGCUCCCCUCCCGCUACACGCAGCCCUGGGCCUCGAGAACCAUUCCCAGAGCUGCUGUGCUGAGUAUCCAGUGGAGGCCUACCUCUCAUUUCUGCCCAGCCCUCUGUGGCCAGGAGCCCUGGCCCGUAAGAGGGUCAGAGCCCGGGAGACUCGCUCACUCCCAUGUUGGGUUUGAGACACAGACACCUUUUCUAUUUACCUCCUAAUGGCAUGGAGACUCUGAGAGCGAAUGGUGUGGAGAACUCAAUGCCACAACUUGAACUGGGUGCAGCGGGAAGGCCUACAAAACCCGGUGCAUCUGGCGGAUAGCCAGGAGUGGUGACAGAGGCGGCCUGGGAGGGCCCAGGAGAAGCCACGUGUUGCCAGUGCUAAACAGCACUGAGGGUUUUCCUCCAGGGACCAACCCCAGCACACCGAGGUGGCCCCGAGGAACUGGAAGUGCAGCCCCCUCACAGGCAGCUCUGGGCCACCAGCUCCCUCCGCUCUUGCACGGACAUCCAGGGGGAGUGCUGGUGGAGACAGGGUCUGCCACCUGUCUGUCCAGCCUGUGUGUGCAUGUGCCGAGGUGCGUCCCUUGUUGUGCCUGGUCUGUGCCACACCCUUACACAUGGUGUGUGUGUGUGUGUGUUUGUGUGUGUGUGUGUGUGUGUGUGUGUGUGUAGGUGCACAAUACCUGCUUGAGCUUUCUGUGCAUGUGCAGGUCGGGGGUGUGGUUGUCAUGCUGUCUCUGCGUGCUGGUGCCUCUAUUCUGUAGUGAGCAGUGUCUAGUUUCCCAGGUGCCCUUCCCGGAGGUCUCUCCCCACCCCACCCCCAGCCCCCUCAUGCCUCGGUGGUGCUCCCUUCCCAGCAGGCUGCUCUGCCUACCCUGUGUCAACACAGCUCUCCUCCAUUUCAGACUGUGGAGCCAAAGCUGGCCCAGUUGUCCAUGGCAGGCAAGGCUUUGGGGUCCAAAUGUGAGGAGGGGGUAGGGUGGGCAGGGGAAGAAUCUUGGCCGAAGUCUCGGGUGCUGUGGUCAGCGGCAGUCAUGGGAAGUGAGCCAGCCCAAGGGCAUCGUCCCUCAGCAGCACCAAGAAAGGGCCAAGGAAUUUGAAGCCCAGAUCCUGGGACUCAGAUUGGAAUGUCACAUAUGUCUUUCAUAUCCCAGAUUCUGGAAACAGCAAUGUAUAUUUUUGCUGGUGGUGGGUUUAGGGUGGGGAAGGGAAAAGGAAG